AUUAUAAUUAUACUUAACAAUCUGUUGCACUUAAAAUUAAUUUUUUAUUGUCUGAUAAGCAGCGUCGAAAAAAUUAAAAAUGUGUGUUAAUAAAUAAGAAAAAUUUGAUAGUGAUAUAAUAAAAAUAGUUAAAUAAAUAAUGGAUAUCAAACGUAUAAAAUUAGUAGAAGAACAAUGUUUAUUACGAGCUAUAGAUGAUCUAGGAAAAGGAUCAAAACUUCUUUGGAUUAUUUUUAUCAUCAAUGUUUUAGCGUCAUUAUUAUUUGGAAUAAAUUUCAUGUCCUAUGUAUUUAUUACUGAGAUACCUGAGUAUUGGUGCUCAACUCCAGAGCUCACGUCUACAAAUUGGACUACGAAUCAAAUAAAUAAUAUUUCUAUCGUUGACACAUGUCAACGAUAUAAUUAUAAUUAUACACAACUUGUGGAAUUGGGAUACGAAGAAGCCGUGCAACAUGUCAAGGAUUUUGAAUCUAAACCAAAGAUAGUUUCCUGUUCAUCAUUUACAUUCGAUGAUAAAGAAGGAUCAACAAUCGUUAGCGAAUGGCAAUUAGUGUGCGACAAAAAAUUACACCGAGCAAAUACAUUUUUAGUGUAUUCAUUAGGAAUAAUGAUUGGAUCAGCAAUUCUAGGAGUAUACGCAGAUAAAUAUGGCCGAAAAAAAUCAUUAAUCAUUAGUAUAAUAUUGCAAAUUAUUGUUGGACCUUUGACUGCAUUGGUACCAUGGUUUUGGGCUUAUGUUGUUUUGAAAUUCUUCACCGGAGUAAGUUCGGGUUCUAUGUAUUCUUCAGGGUAUACUAUUUUGUCAGAAGUCGCAAAAAGUAACAGGAUAAAGCUGCUUGCAGGUAUUCUUGAUAUUACAUUUUCAGUUGGAACUUUUUUCACUAUAGGUAUGGCUUAUUUUUUACCUCAUUGGAGGCAAUUACAAAUGGCCAUAUCAUGUUUUGUUCUACCGAUAGUUAUACUCAUUUGGUUUAUGCCAGAAUCACCGCGAUGGUUGAUAUCACAAAAUCGUCAUGACGAAGCUCGAAAAAUAAUUGAAAAAUAUCAUAAAUCGUUUGUUAUGACACCAAUUAGUAUGGUGGGAAACUCAACAAAUGAACUCACAAUGUCAUCGGGAGAAUGUCAUGAAACACCAAACGAAAAUAAAAGUUGUUUUCAUCGCAAUUUCGAAAGCUUAAGAAUUCUGUUUACGCAUCCCGAUUUGAGAAAAAAAAUGAUAAUCAUGAAUUUUUCGUAUUACUCUGCCUGUACUGCAAGUUUUUCACUUACCUUAGGUGUAGAUUAUUUUAAAUCGAGCCGUUAUGUAUAUAUGUCUAUAUUGGCAGCUAAUGAAAUACUAGGAGUCAUAGCGAUUUCGGUGAUACUGAUGUUUUUGAACGUUCGAAAACCACUCAUUAUGACCUAUAUAGUUGCAUUUGUGUUAAUGUUAACAAUUUUAGCUGUCCCUGAAGAAAAUAAAAAUACAAUAAUGGGAUUAGCAUUAGCAGGUAAAUUUUGUAUUUCCGCAUGUUUGACUGGCAGUUUAGUAUUUUUUUCAGAACUGUUUCCUAGUAAUGUGAGAAAUACUGCAUUUGGAACGUGCGUAGUAAUGGCGCAAACUGGAGCUAUGACUGCGCCAUAUAUUGUUGAUUUGCUUGGUGAUGUUGCUUGGUGGGCUCCUACUACACUUUGUAGUAUGCUAGCUUUUAUAGCUGGCAUUCUUUUUCUUUUUAUACCUCAAACAGAAGUUAAUAAUAAAAAUAAUUAUAAUGACCAAGAAGAAGUAACACUAUCCGAUGUAAAUCCCAAGUGAGAAGAUAUCAGUACGAAAUUGAUCGAUUGAAAAUGGAAAGUAUCAAGAAUUACUAGAGUCAAGAGUUACAUCGAUUGCUCAUAAAUACUUUUCGUCAAAUACGCAAUAAAUUGUGGAGUUAUAAAUUAUUUUAUAAUGUUUUAAAAUAAAAAAUUAAAUUGGGAUGAUUUUUUAGGUGUGCCGUCAACUGAUCCCAACAAUUUUAUACAACGACAACUGAAUUCUACAAAUUGAUCCCACCGACGUCUGAUCCCAUCGACAUUUGGUUCAAAGUGAUGAGGAUGAAGGUUUUGGAGAUGAUGAUAAAUUAUCAUUGAUAAUGAAAGUUAUGAAAAUCUUGAUGGAACUGAUGAAUUAGAUCAGUUGUCAUUAGUACCAGUUGUCAGUUGGAUCUAAUCUGUAGGGUCAAUUGUCGGGGAUCAGUUGUUAUGGAACCGAUUUUUUAAUUCUUUCGAAAUAUUUAUAAUGUAAAAAUAAUCUUUAAUAAAAUGUCAAAAUUUCAACGAAA